UGACACAAAUCUGUGUGAGGAAUUUGUUUUCACACUUUGCACCCACCAGAGACCAGUGUGUGCUGAACUCACUGGACUAGUUUUGCAGAAAUGGGGUUGCUGGCAAAAGGGUGGGGCAUUAUUGCUCUGGUAGGAAUACUGCAUUAUUACUACAGGGACAGCUUUGACCCAGCCAUUCUUGCUAAUGCAAAGGUGCUUGUCACUGGUGCUAGCACAGGCAUUGGAGAAGAAAUAGCAUAUCACUAUUCAAGGGCAGGAGCUGAGCUUGUACUGACUGCAAGACGAGAAAACGCUUUACAAAAGGUUCGCAAAAAAUGUUUGGAACUUGGAGCAAAAAAAGUCUCUCUGGUCUUGGCAGACAUGGGCUCCCCAGAAGCUCCAGCAGAAGUGAUUCAACAGGCAGUUACUGCACUGGGAGGUUUGGAUUAUAUAGUAUUAAAUCAUAUUGGAUGGACACCAUUUGAGAUGUGGAAUGGAGAUGUUAACCACACACGAUGGUUAAUGGAGGUGAAUUUCCUCAGUUUUGUUCAUCUGGCCACUGCAGCGCUUCCUUACUUAGAAAAAUCUGGUGGCUCCAUCAUUGUGGUAUCCUCUCUUACCGGGAAAAUUUCCAUCCCAUACACCACUUCCUAUGCUGCCACCAAGUAUGCCUUGGAAGGGUUCUUUGGGUCCCUGAGACAUGAACUUUCUAUGAAGAAGUCCCCUGUGUCUAUCACACUCUGCAUUCUUGGUCUUAUUGACACCCAGUCAGCGAUGGAGAAGAUAAAAGAUAAGAUCUCAAUGACUGCAUAUCCUGCCCAAGAUGCUGCUCUUGCUGUGGUUUCAGCAGGUGCAGUUCGGCUGCGGGAGACAUACUACCCCUGGUACGUACGAUAUGCCUGUUUCUUCCGUGACUGGUUCCCAGAAUCCAGAGACUGGGUCAUCCAAUAUAUGCACCACUAAAAACCUCAGGAUCAUGGUGCACCUGCCUGAAACUACUCCGCACACCUCAGUUCCUGGUCACCUCCAGCCAACAAACUGAAGAAUGUCCAGCUGUUGAAUGGAUAAAGACUUUAGAGUAUUUGAAAAUGUUUAUGAUGACCAGAUAAAUCUAAGAGGUGUUGUGUAGAAAGCUGAAAAAUAUUUUUCUCUGAACUUCUGCAUCUUUCCUCCAUGUGCACCAUAAUGAGAUUAUUUUUAAUAGGUGGCAAGUGGAAAUUUGACAUGUUUACAUAUAUACUCCUUUAUAUGUAUUUUUCUUGAAUGUUCACUAUUUACAUACUUGGUAUAAUUGUGCAAACACAUCAAAUCAGUUCGGAAAGAAAUCGUCAAGAGUAAUAUAACUGGAUAUCACAAGCACCCUGGAAUGUCUAAAGGCAUCAUCCUCUACAAAGGAAAAAUAAGGCAAGCACAAUAUUACUCAAUAACUACACAGUAACCUAGAGGUUCCAAACUGGGGUGCCACAAACCUAACUGAAGGUUUCAUAGAAUUAGGAGUCGGACAAAGGGUGAGCAAAUUCCUUAUUGGUUAGAAUAUUGUCCCUUGAGCAUAAACAGCCAGUCGUAGAAGGUUCAUUGUGUAAGGCUUCCUUGUUUUUGUUACCUUUUUGUAAUGUCUAAUGAAACAUGAGUUUGAAAAGUUCAUCACUGUUAUCCCUCCUCCAAUUAAAAAACAUUGGAAACCACUGAAAUAACUAUAGGACACACAGUAAUUUCUAAAUGAGUGACAGAUUUGACAGUAGAGAUGAAAGAAGGUAGCAACGUUUUGGGAGCGCCAGGGUCGCGUAACUAGAUUUAACAGUAGACAGUCAUGUAAGAUCAUUGCCAUUAACCCUUCAAGGGGAAAAUAUUAAUAAAUAAGUUAAUUACAUUUAAUACAGUGUAUUUAUUUCAGUGUCUAGACCAGGGAUCAGUCACAUGAGUCUUGUGGCCCUCUGCACUAGUUUUUGCGUCCCCAGUGAAAAAGUAGAAUUGAGAAUUUGUGCCAUAGUUUUGUGGCCCCACUAAAAAAGUGGAACUAAAUGUGUGUUCUUUGAGGACUUAUGUUCUUUGAGCCCUCCGAAAGGAAAACAGCAGAUAAAGGUUACUCUGUGACAUUACUUAAAUCUGGCCCUGUGGCAGUAGACAUUUUUAGAAAAUAUAUUAUUUAUGUGUUUAAUAUCCAUAAAUGAAUAUACAACCCUUAGAGCUUCUAAAAUAUUGAUCUGAGGCCUCCAUGUGUUAGCAAGUCGGCCCUCACUCUGGUUAUUCAGGUACUGACCAGCUUGCUCACUAUUUACCCCAAAACAACUAAUGUAAUUUUUACUCAAUAUGCACAAAAUACUAAAUAUACUUAUGUCAAUCACUUUACAUAGCUUAUCUAAUGGACUGGAAUACAAAAAAAAACAAAAUCUCAUUAUGGACUGAACCUGAAGAAGGAUUUUUUUCAUCCAACAUUCCAUAAAUAAUACAGCACUUUUAUCUUAGUUCCCUAUCUAAAAUAAAUAAUUGAUACAAAAAUAAA